AUGGUAUCCCCUAACAAUAUCUCUAAUAAGGUUACCCAUCUUGUACAACGCUUCCAUGGCCUCGAAGCCAGAGGAUACACCUCUGUUAUUGUUGAAAUUGUCAUGAUAUGUCUUGCCUUUAUUCUUGUGCUUAACAGAUUCUGUGUUCGCUUCCACAUAGGGCAGAAACCAGGUUUGGAUGACUACGUGAUCCUUGCUUCCUUAGCUUUCUGUACUGCAAUGAAUGCUGUUAAUAUUGCGGCAAUUCAUUAUGGCUACGGCAAAUAUACCUGGGAAGUCUCCAAAGAUGAUAUGUGCAUCGCAUUAAAGAUCCUCUACAAAUGCACUAUAAAUCUAACCAAGAUUUCAAUUGUGCUGCUCUACCGCCGGAUUUUUGAAACCACCAAAUUUCGAUUCCCAUACAUCUGUGAUUGCAUCAUUGGUGUGGUUGCCGCAUAUGCCCUCGUUAGCAUUAUUGUGACUCUGUUCGAGUGUGCGCCCAUGGCAAGAGUUUGGGAUAGAUCAAUUCCUGGAGCUUGCAUUAAUUUCACCGCAUUCUGGUAUAUGAAUGCUGCUUGGAAUAUUUCAACGGACUUGCUUAUCUUCCUCUUACCGAUGCCUCUAAUUCACACCCUUAGCCUUCCUACCAGGUCUAAAAUCGGCUUGACAGCGGUUUUUGCUAUGGGACUCUUUGUAUGUGCAACAUCUAUUUUACGGAUGAAGUCUCUUGAUGUUUCUUCGAAAUCUCCAGACCCAAGUCACGGCACACUCAUUUCUACGAUGUGGACUACUAUCGAGGCCAAUACCGGCAUAAUUUGCGCGUGUCUUCCAAUGCUCCGAAUUCCACUUGCUCAAAUUUUAGAAUAUUUGUCGAGUUGGUAUCGUCAGCUACUAUCCGUCAAGGUUAAAGAGAGUAGUACCACAAUGAGAGUGCACAAUUCACCAAAAGAUAACACCAAAAGGGACAAGCCUUUCACUGGGUGGAUUAAGGGCAACCGUACCAAUAAGUGA